AUAUGUGGAACGACAUUGAGCUGCUGACAAGUGAUGAUACAGGAAGUGGGUACCUAUGUGUGGGUUCCCAAAAAGAACACGGGACAGCUUUGUACCAAGUAGAUUUACUAGCGAAGAUCUCUUCUGACAAGGCCUCUCUCAAUCCAAAGAUACAAGCCUACAGCUUGAGUGAUGGUUUCAUUAUUGUCGUAGACCGAUCAGUGAUACUGCUUGACAGCAUUUGUAGAUCACUGCAGUUGCAUCUUGCAUUUGAUACCGAAGUGGAUGUAGUUGGACUCUGUCAUGAAGGGAAGUUUCUUUUGGUUGGGGAGAGAAGUGGCAAGUUACAUCUCAUUCAUGUGACAUCACAGCAAACCUUGCUCACUAAUACUUUUGUUCCGAAAAAUAAUGAUGAAAAUCAAUAUGCUUACCAGAGUCUUGUUAUUGAGAAGGAUGACUCAACUGAAGGUACCUAUUAUAUGCUGCUUCUAACAACCAAUGGAUUUUUUUAUGUAACAAACCUUCAGCUUGUGAAAAUUCAGCAAGCCAUGGAGAGUGCUGACUUCAGCACAGCAAAGAAGUUACAAGGAGAAAUCCAGUCCAGUUUCAUUUCCACUGAAAAUUAUCAUUCUCUCGGGUGUCUCAGUCUCGUGGCUGGAGAUCUCAGUAGCAAAAUCUCUGUGAUAAUUGGGGGGACUGGUCAUUGUGCCAUCUCCAAAUGGGAGCCAGAUUCUUCAAAGAACAGAAUGACAGUUCAGAAUGUCAUUGAGACAGAGAUGAUUAAAGGUGCAAAGAAGUUCCAGCUGAUAGGCAGUCUGCUUUUCGUACUUGACACUGAUAACGUGCUAAGCUUGUGGGACAUCUUCACUCUCACCCUGAUAUGGAACUGGCCCACUCUUCACGUGGAAGAGUUUCUUCUCACCACUGAGGAAGACACACCUUCCUCAGUCACGUGGAGAGGAUUCACAAAUCUGAAAUUAGUAGCUCUGAUAAUGACUGCUGAUACACAGAUGAAAAACUUCGUGGUUUAUUCAUUACCUACCAUGGAAAUACUUUAUUCUUUGGAAGUGUCUAACGUGUCUUCUCUAGUACAAACAGGAAUUAGCUCAGAUACCAUAUACCUUCUGGAAGGAAUUUGCAACAAUGAUCCAAAGCACUGGGAAGAUGCCGCCUCGGUCUUAGUGCUCCGAUGCCUCACAGAGGCUUUGCCAGAAAACAGAUUGAGUCGACUACUUCACAAACGCAGAUUUGCUGAGGCCGAGAGCUUUGCCGUUCAGUUUGACCUGGACGUGGAGUUGGUUUACAAGGUGAAGGCAAAUUAUAUAUUGGAGAAACUGGCCUUGAGCUCCACGGAUGCCGGCGAGCAGCCCCAGUGGCAGAACCUCAUAGAUGAAGCGAAGGGAAACCUCCACAAGAUCCAGGACGAUGAAUUUGUGAUGAAUUACUGUUUGGAAGCUCAGUGGCUAACCUAUGAAACGACCCAGGAAAUGCUGAACUAUGCCAAGAACAGGCUUCUGAAGAAAGAAGACAAAACUGUUCCUUUCUAUUCUGAAGGCUUAAGAGAGGUUCUAAGGGCUCAUGCAAAAUUGACUACUUUCUAUGGAGCGUUUGGACCAGAAAAAUUCAGUGGCAGUUCUUGGAUUGAAUUUCUGAAUAAUGAAGAUGAUCUGAAGGAUAUUUUUUUACAGCUAAGAGAAGGAAACCUUGUUUGUGCACAAUACCUUUGGCUUAGACAUCGGGCAAACUUUGAAGACAAGUUUGAUGUGAAAAUGCUUGAGAACUUGCUCAACUCGGUAUCUACACCGAUCUGUCUGGAAAACCUUUGUGCUUGGCUUCAGAAUGAUGUGAUCCCCUUUGUGAGAAGGACGGUACCCGAAGGCCAGAAAAUUCUCGCAAAAUGGUUGGAGCAAACAGCCCGGAACCUCGAAUUAACUGACAAGGCAAACUGGCCAGAAAAUGGACUUCAGUUGGCAGAAGUGUUUUUUACAGCAACAAAACCAGCUGAGUUGGGAUUGACCUCCUCUUGGCACUGGAUUUCCUUGAAGCAUUAUGAGAACACAGAGGAAGUCUGUCAGUUAAGGAACCUGGUGACUGAUUUGCGGGAGCUGAUCACGUUGCAUCGGAAGUACAACUGCAAGUUGGCCCUGUCUGACUUUGAGAAGGAGAACACAACCACCAUUGUAUUCCGCAUGUUUGACCGGGUGCUGGCCCCUGCGCUCCUUCCUUCCGUCUUAGAGAAGUUCAUCAGAGUUUACAUGCAGGAGCAUGGCUUACAGGAGGAAGAGCUUCUCCUGCUGUACAUAGAGGAUCUGUUGAAGAGAUGUAGCUCCAAGUCCACUUCGCUCUUUGAAACGGCCUGGGAAGCCAAAGCCAUCGCGGUCAUUGGGUGUUUGACCGACACCGACCUCAUAUUUGAUGCCGUGUUGAAGAUCAUGUAUGCAGCUGUGGUUCCCUGGAGUGCAGCUGUGGAGAAGAUGGUGAAACAGCACUUGGAAAUGGACCAUCCCAAAGUCAAGUUAUUACAGGAAAGUUACAAACUAAUGGAGAUGAAAAAACUCUUGCGAGGAUAUGGAAUAAGAGAGGUGAAUCUCUUAAGCAAGGAGAUAAUGAGGGUGAUAAGAUACAUUCUCAAACAAGAUGUCCCAUCGUCUUUGGAGGAUGCUUUGAAGGUGGCCCAGGCUUACAUGUUGUCAGAUGAGGAGAUAUACAGUCUGAGGGUCAUUGACCUGAUUGACAAGGGACAGGGUGAAGACUGUGUCCUCCUGCUGAGGUCUCUGCCUCCUGGUCCAGCUGCACAGACUGCAGAAAGAGUUAUUCUAUGGGCACGGCUGGCCUUGCAGGAAGAGCCCGACCAUUCUCAAGAGGACAGGGCCUGGAGAGUGUCUGUGGCGAAGACCUCAGUAGAUAUUCUUAAAAUUCUGUGUGACAUCCAGAAAGACAAUCUGCAGAAGAAGGACGAAAGUGAAGAGCUCUUGAGACUGUUUACGGCUGUUUCUAGCCUCCAGGAGGACUUUGCGGUGUUCCUGCCGUUUGGCGAGUACAGCGACGGCUCCCUGGUGGCAGAGCUCCGCAGGCGGUGCAUCGAAGCUCACAGCGCCCCGCAGGAGAAGCGCGGCGCCGGGGGCUGCGCGGAGGCACAGCUGCACAGACAGGCCCUGGCCCUGCAGCUGACCCCGCAGGAGCUGGAGGCUGAGCUGGCCCUGCAGGCCCUGGCCAGCAGGAACGUCACAGCGGCGCUGGAGAAAUGCAGAGACCUGUUUAAGUAUCACUGUGGCCCACACACUGGGAAGGUGCUGUUUGACGCCUGCUGGAGAUUCUGUCAGAUGCUGGCCGACGGCGUGCCCGUGACCGCGCCUGCGGGGCUGAACCUGUCUUCUGAGAUUCAUGAGCUCGCCUGCCAAGCUGCCACCAUCUGUGGCCCAGAAAUUUUGCUUGAUGCUUUGGAACUGUGCAAAUAUACUUUAACGGUGGUAGAGCUUUCCAGGCAGUGUCAGAUGGACGACAGUGGUAUCCUAAUGAAAGCUUCUCUUGGGACCCAUAAAGACCCCUAUGAAGAGUGGUCUUAUAGCAGCUUCUUCAGCGAGGACGGGAUCGUCCUUGAGCCCCAGGUGGUGCUGCCUGUUACCUACGAGCUGAUCGCCGCGCUCAUACCGCUUGCGGAAAGCAAAAGACAUCUCCUGGAUUCUAUGUGUUUGCCAUACUGCUCCAUUAGUGAAGGAAAGAGCUUUAUUUCACCCGUCAUAAAUUCCAUCUCUGCCCUGCUUCAGAACCUCCAGGAGUCCAGCCAGUGGCAGCUGGCCCUGAGGUUCAUCAUUGGCUCAUUUGCUGUCUGCCAUCAGCACUCUGUGUCAAACUUCAUGGAUGCCAGUUUGAGUGUAAAGUUAUUUGGUGAAGCCGCAUCAGUGAAAUCCAAGCAUCUUGUAAUGGGAUUGAAAGAAAAAGCCGUCACGUUUAUCAGGGACUGUGCUACAAAGGUGUUGCACAAAGUAUUUAAUUGUCGCCUGGUGGAUCUUAACUUGGCGUUGGGUUACUGCACGCUCUUACCCCAAAAGGAGGUGUUUGAGAAUCUCUGGAAGCUCAUAGAUAAAGCUUGGCAGAACUACGACAAAGUUUUGGCCAUCUCCCUGGUGGGCUCCCAGCUGGCCAGUCUCUAUCAGGAAAGGGAGAUGGAGCUUAAAUUCCAUGAACUCAGUACUGAUGCCCAGUGGGGGAUUCGUCUGGGGAAGCUUGGCAUUUCUUUUCAAUCGGUUUUCAGGCAACACUUUCUGACCAAGAAAUCCCUUGUUAAAGCUUUGGUGGGCAGCAUCGAUACGGACACGGGACUCAUUCUGGAAUACUGCACCACCUUUCAUUUGGAUUGUGACCAAGUCCUGCAGCUGUUCAUCGAGACCCUGCUCCACGACACUAACACCGGCCACGGCCGGGGAGAUGCGGGCUCCGAGCCCCCGCAGCAGCACCACGCCAGGGUGCUGGCCAAAGCCCUGGACAUGGUGCCUUUGCUUCAGAGCACGAAAGACUUGGUCCUCAGCCUCAGCGGCAUCCUCCAUAAGCUGGAUCCCUAUGACUACGAAAUGAUCGAAGUUGUCCUGAAGGUUAUAGAAAGAGCUGAUGAAAAGAUAACCAACAUUAACAUUAAUCAGGCCUUGAGUCUUCUAAAACACUUGAAGUCAUACCGAAGAAUUUCUCCUCCUGUCGACCUGGAGCAUCAGUUUAUGUUGGAGCACGUAGUGGCGCUUCCGCAGGUUGCCCACACGCGCCUGCCUUUCCACCUGAUAUUCUUCGGACCGGCACAGAACUUCUGGAAGAUUGUCUCCGCAGAGCUCAGUGAAGACUCCUUCCCGACGUUGCUCUUGAUCUCUAAGCUGAUGAAGUUCUCCUUGGACACCCUCUAUGUGUCGACAGCCAAACAUACUUUUGAAAACAAACUGAAACCCAAGCUCCUGAAGUUGACCCAGGCCAAAUCCUCGCUGCUGAUGAACAAGGAGGUCACGAAGGUCACGCGCACCAUUGAGUCCUACUUGCUGUCCAUAGUGAACCCCGAGUGGGCCGUCGCUAUUGCCAUCAGCCUCGCCCAGGACGUCCCGGAAGGACCCUUCAAGGUGUCCAGUUUGAAAGUCUGCCUGUACCUGGCGGAGAGGUGGCUGCAGAAUACGCCGGCUCAGGACGAGAUGCACGACAAGGCCGAGGCCCUGCUGAAGAAGCUGCAUGUCCAGUACAAGCGGUCGCGCACCGAGGCCGCGCUCAUGGCCCACAAGCUGAACUCCCCUGAGUACCUUCGAGUGAUUGGGAAGCCGGCGCACCUCAUCGUCAGCCUCUACGAGCACCCCAGCGUCAGCCAGCGAGUCCGCAACUCCACGGGCACGGACUACCCUGAUAUUCACGCGGCUGCGAAAGAAAUAGCGGAAGUGAACGACAUUAGUCUGGAGAAAAUCUGGGGCAUGCUGCUGGAGAGGUGGCUGUGCCCGCCGGACAAGCCCGGGGAGAAUCCACCAGAAUCAUUUGAACUUCAGGAUGAUGAGACCUUACAAAGAGUCCUCUAUCUCCUCACGUCUCGUUCGAUUGAUUACAGUUCCAGAAUGCUGUUCAUCUUUGCCACGUCCGUGACAACUGCGUUUGGGGUGCACCAGCUGACCUUCGCCCACAGGACCCGGGCUCUGCAGUGCCUCCUCUGUUUGGCCGACAAGGAGACCAUUGAAUCGCUCUUCAAAAAGCCCAUGGAGGAAGUGAAGUCUUAUAUGAAAAGCAUGGCUUUCCUGGCAUCGUUUGAGGCCUUGAAUAUCCCUAUCACCUAUGAGUUAUUCUCCAACAGUCCUAAGGAAGGCAUGAUUAAGGGCCUUUGGAAGAACCACAGCCACGAGCCCAUGGCGGUGAGGUUGGUCACGGAGCUCUGUUUAGAAUACAAAGUCUACGACCUGCAGCUCUGGAACGGGCUCUUGCAGAAGCUGCUGGGCUUCAACAUGAUUCCGUACCUAAGGAAAGUUCUGACAGCCAUUUCCAGUACCCAUUCUUUAUGGCAGGUGCCCUACUUCAGCAAAGCGUGGCAGCACGUGGUCCAGAUCCCGCUGCUCUCAGCCUCUUGUCCUCUAAGCCCCAGUCAGUUAUCAGAUUGUCGCGAGAGUCUCGUCGCCGUUCUAGAGUGCCCCGUUUCGGGCGACCUCGACAUGCUUGGCGUGGCUCGGCAGUACGUCCAGCUGGAGCUGCCAGCCUUCGCCUUGGCCUGUCUCACGCUCAUGCCCCACUCGGAAAGGAGGCACCAACAGAUCCAGAACUUCCUGGGCUCCUGUGACCAUCGGGUCAUCUUGCAGCAGCUGGAGGAGCACAUGAACGCGGGCCAGCUGGCAGGGCUGGCACAGCAGGUCAGAAAUCUGAUUCUGAAUAAUAUCGUGAGUCAAAAGGCGUUUGGGCUGUUGGCCAAGACAAAGUACUUUCCCAUGUUGAAAUCACACAUGAUGAGCGCCAGCAACGUCACUGACCUAGUGAACUAUCUGGCAGCCGAGUUAAGUUUAGAUGAAGCCUCGCUCUUCCUGGCUGAGUAUUUGAAGCACAGAGGGAGGGACGUGCCGCCGGACACCCCUCCCUGCCAGCUGCUACAGAUGUUUCUUAAUGGAUCAUAGUAAAUCAUCAAACCUUCCCCCAGGAAAAGCAGGAGGAAGUCUGCUAUUAAUGGACCAUAUUUAUUAGUCACAGUAUUUUGCAAUCCGAGUGGCGUGGCCAUUGUCAAACGUCAUCCAAGGAAAAUCGAGAUGCUGCUAGUGGCCGGGUUGUCCCGUGGGAGUGCUUGUUUCCACUUGCCGCAGCUCGUGUCCCGCGGACACUGCCCUUGUUCUGCAGCACGUGGGAAGGAAACAGCGAGUGUCGCCCCCCCGAGAAAAGCCC